AUGUUCUUUUCCCCUUUUCUUUUCUAUCCUCCUUUUUGUUUUUUCUUUCUUUUAUUUAUUUUUUCUUCUCUUUCCUAUUUUUUGGCGAUCUUUCUUUCCCUUUUAUUCAAUAGUUUUUCUCUUCUUUCUUUUUUUUUUAAAUAUUGUUCUACCUUUCUUCCUCUAUCUCCUCGCAAACUUUUUUUUUUCCUUCUUUGUGUAUUUCUCUUUAUUUUCUCCUUUCUUUCCCUUUCUUUCUUUUAUUUGAUUUCGUCUUCCUUCUUUUUUUUUGUUUUGACAUGGUUUACGCUUCUCUUAUUCUUUCUUCUCAUUAUUACUCGUCUUCUUUCUUUCUUUCUUUCUUUUUGUACCCCCUCUCUCUUGUCUCUUUUGUGUAUUUCUCUUUACUUUCUCCUUUCUUUCUUUUAUUUGAUUUCGUCUUCCUUCUCUUUUUUUGUUUUGACAUGGUUUACGCUUCUCUUAUUCUUUCUUCUCAUUAUUACUCGUCUUCUUUCUUUCUUUCUUUUUGUACCCCCUCUCUCUUGUCUCUUUUGUGUAUUUCUCUUUACUUUCUCCUUUCUUUCUUUUAUUUGUUUCUGUCUUCCUUCUCUUUUUUUUGGCUUGGUUUACGCUUCUCUUAUUCUUUCUUCUCAUUAUUAUUCGUCUUCUUUCUUUCUUUCUUUCUUUCUUUCUUUUUGUGCCUCUCUCUGUCUCUCUCUUUUUUCUCUUUUGUGUAUUUCUCUUUAUUUUUUCCUUUCUUUCUUUUAUUUGUUUCCGUCUUCCUUCUCUUUUUUGUUUUGGCUUGGUUUACGCUUCUCUUAUUCUUUCUUCUCAUUCUUACACGUCUUCUUUCUUUCUUUCUUUCUUUCUUUCUGUCUUUCUUUCUUUCUUUCUUUCUUUCUUUCUUUCUUUCUGUCUGCCUGUCUCUCCCUCUCUUUUGUUUCUUUCCAUGUCUUCGUUUUUCUCCUUCUUCCACUUUUCGCUUAUGUUCCUUCUUUACCUCUUUCUUUUAUUUUUUCCUUCUUUUUUCUUUUCCUCCCCAUCCUCCGCUUUCCUCCUCUUUUCUCUUUUUCGCCUUAUUUUUUUAAUUCCUCUUUUUCUUCCCGCCUCUCAUUCACCACCAGCCUCUUCCCCUUCCUUCCUUUGCCCUUGAUGACCUCCAUUGCAUCGAAUAAUACUGCCACCCCCACAAUUCCGUCGCCAACGCUUCCUAUCAUUCUAGUUACCUUUUCGCAACAACGCCCUUCUCUUUGUUUCUUUUUCUUCUUCUUCUUCUUCUUCUUCUUCUUCUUCUUCUUCUUCUUCUUCUUAUCGGCUUAUUCCUUCUUCUUCUCCCCCUCCUUAUUCUUUUCCGCCUCAUCCGUCUUUUUUUUCUUCUUCUUGGCCUAUUCCUUCUUCAGCUCUUUUUCCUCUCCUCCUAAUCCUACUACUUUUCUUCUUCUUCUUCUUUUUCUUCUUCUUCUUCUUCUUCUUCUUCUUCUUCUUCUUCUUCUUCUUCUUCAUGACGCUUUAAUAUUUUGUUUUGUUUCAAUUACUUUCCUUCUCUUUUCUCUCUUUCGUGCCAUUUCCUUAUUACGAACAUUACCGACAAGGAACCACCUUGAACCUCUUCAUAUUUCACUCUCUCUCUCUCGCUCUCUCUCUCUCUCUCUCUCUCUCUCUCUAUCUAUCUAUCUAUCUAUCUUUGCCUCUCUCAGCAGUGCGUACAAUAACAAUCUGUUCACUCUCUCUCUAAUUGCGAAUUUAUCUCUAAUUUUGCUAAUCUUUUCCUUUCCACUUCUCUAUCUUUUCAUUGAAAAUUUACCCGACAUUCCCUGCUUUCUCAUUGUCUUUCUCUCUUUCAAAUUCUUGUUUUUUCUCUUUUUAACUUCUGUUUCUGCACAUCAUUUGUUUUCUCUUUUGUUUUGUGCCUCAUUCCUCCCUAUCAUUGCUGCUCUCCUUCUUCUUCUUCUUCUUCUUCUUCUUCUUCUUCUUCUUCUUCUUCUUCUUCUUCUUCUUCUUCACAUUCUCUAUCUUUCCAUCUGCUAUAUAUAUAUAUAUAUACUCCUUUGCUUUUAUCUCUCCAUUAACUUUUCUUCAGAUUCUUUUCCCUCUCUCUUUCACCGUAUCUCUCUUUUGCGUUUUUAUCGUUGUUUUUAUAACUUCCUGUAUUAUUUUGUAGUCAUAUUAUUUCAUGAGUAA